CAGCAGCCGACGAUGCAGGAGCUACCCCGCCCAACUAUCUUCUCCAGCGGAUCACUUCCUACGUCCGCCUCCUGCCCCGAUCCAUCAUAUCCGACACUCGACAUGAGCACGCUCUGGCGCCGAAUUCAAGGCGCGGUCCACCAUGCCUUCCCCUCUCUUUCGGCGACUGACAUCAACCGCUGGCAAGCCUUCCUGCGCGCCAACACGAGAGAGUGUCGUCUGGGGCUGCUCCUACAGCUGAUGCCAAAUAUCGAGACUCUCAAGUUGGACGUGACCGGCAGGCCGAGCGAGUGGCCUCUUACUGUCGUCGGAAUGGCCCUGGGUUGUCAGCCCAUCAAGCUAUACGACCCUGUUGCUGGCCUCCAUGCUGCGGGAAUACAGGAGUGGGCAAAGCUGAAAUCGCUGGAGAUUCGUGGAUCAGGCUUCAACAUGCGACACUUCGGCGGUGGACGAGUGGUCUGUCGUAUUCGAAUGCCGCUUCACGCGUCGUUGGAGAAGCUCAGGGUCUUCGGCGUCGAGGUCACCGACGUCUAUAUCCCAGGUGAGGUGGCGUCGGAGCCGCAUCACAGUCUGCACAAUAUGCGCCACGAAUACCACGUCUUAAAGGUUAUUAAACUGACUAGCCUGGAACUUGUCAAUGUCGGUAUCUCGGGUUUCCAUAUCGAGAGCGUGGUCAAGAUUGCGAAGGAGCUGGAGCGGCUGCAUAUCGAGAGGCUGAAGCAUCCGUACCGCUUCAAGGUGCGUAAAUGGUCUAUCUUGGACUAUGAGGAAAUGGUCGAUGAGCUGCAGGAUGUCAAUCCGAAUCUGGUGCCGUACGUUGUGGAGUUGGAAGCAUUGGGGCUGGGAGUCAAGCUGCCGGCGCUUCCUGCAAUUCUUGCGACAGGAGAUGGUCACGAGCUGGUGAAGGCUGAAAACGUGGAAGUGGAGGAACUUGAAGCUUGAGAGCUACGUUUCUUCUCGAAUGGACACUCAUUGUAGGCGGCGAGAGACGCUUAGUGGAAUGACGAAGGACAUCAUGUAUGACCUUCUUUAGUUGAGGAAGUCUUUGUGAGAGAUGUGCUAGGUGGUUAUGGUAGCUUGGUACUCAUCAGUUGCUAAUCAUGGACCGAUCUGUA